AUGCAAAGACAUAUAUGGGUUUAUUUAUUUGCUGCUGCAGCAGCAGCAUCAGCAGAGGUUCCUGCUGCAGCAGCAGCUGCAGCAACUGCCGCUGCAGCAGCAACAGCAACUGCCGCUGCUGCUGCCGCUACUGCAGCAGCUGCUGCUCCAGCGGCUGUCGCUUUCCGUCCGUCAAGAGAAGAGGAGUCCUCUGCAGCAACAGUGCUGGAACUAGCAGCAGCUGCUGCUGCAGCUGCAGCAGAGGCAGUUGCAGUCCCGGCAGUAGCAACAGCAACAGCAACAGCAACAGCAGCAGCAGUGGCAGCAGCAGCAUCAGCGGCUGCAGUUGACUCGUUGCAAUGGAGACAGCUUCUGGAUGUACACGAACAGCAACAGCAGCAGCUGUGCCUUCACUUCGAGGCCCCCCCGCAGCUCCAGCAGCAGCUCCGGCAGCAGCAGCAGCAGCAGCAGCGCCGCCAGCAGCAGCAGCAGCAGCAGCAGCAGCCCGAGGAGCAGCACGUGGAGGAGCUGAGAGUAUUGGGCAACUCUGUGUUUUCUCCUCGCGAGUUUCACUCCGUUCGCGUCGAUAUUCGAUGCGGGGCUAACGGUAUUGCAUCUCUCAACAUCUUCAGCAACGGGAAGAUAAUGGGUACGGGCGCGAAUACGGUGUUAUCUUUGCGAGUAGCGAUGUUGAAGGUGCUGAGGCGUUUAGUAGAAAAGGGUUUAGUCGAGAAGGAGACAAAGCUCAUAAACUUUAAGGUAGGAAAUCUACUAGCUUCUUAUGCAUUGGCUGGGAGGCUGCAGCUGCAGCAGCUUGCUGCUCUUGCUGCAGCAAAUAAUAUUCAGAUUGAUAUCGAUCCUGAACGCUUCCCUGGCGCUAGACUCAAAAUCCCUAUUCAAAACCACACACACAAACAGCAAGAUAAUCGAGAUGAUGAGGGGGCCCCCUCUGGUGCGUGGACCCGCAGCAGCGAGGGGGGCCCCCCGGGGGGCCCCCAGAGCCGCAAGACUGAAGUUGUUACGCUGCAUGCAUUUAGCAGCGGGAGAAUUACUAUUACUGGAGCUCGUUCUUUAAAAUCGCUGCAGCAGGCUCUUGUUGCUGUGCUGCCGCUGCUGCUGCGGUGCCCGGGGCAGCAAAUCGAUACUCCUAGGGGAUAG